CGCAGCGGAAGUCUGAUUCUCGUUAGCGGAAACAGGUUGUUAGCUCCAGGAAAUCAGAUGGUUGAAAAAAAGCCUUUCUUUCUGAAGCAGAACCCACCCUGUACACAGUCACAUAUAUACCGGAUCAGUAAUAAACUGUAGCCAAUGGACGGUGGGAUUAUAACACUGAGUCUGCGUCGAUAACGGGCCCGGUUGCUAGGGCGCCGGGCUGGGCCGGAACCAGAACCAGGCCCGGACUAAGGGAAGGACGCAGUCAACGCUGCGGCGAUACCGGCGGGCUGCUGUGGGGACUGUCAUGCGGUUUGGGGUGAGGGUCUAAUGUGUACCACCGUGACCUGCCGUCAGUAGACAACAAGUUCACUGACCAACGCCGGCGCUUGUGGUGAAUCACAUCGAUCUAACGACUGAAAGCGCGAGGAUGGCACAGCGGGAAUUCAGCCAGGCGCGAGCUAGCUUUAACGCUAGCUAACGCCGGAGUUGCCGGACAUCAACUUUUACUGUCUCACUAGCUGGAAAACGUAGAAAAACCCAAGUAUGAGCGGUUGAACUGUUUAUGUGAAUGAGGGGGGUUAUUGUAUAUCGUCUAACUUUUGUGGCUUCUCUCGUUAGCUCUCGUAAAGGCCUGAUAAAUGUUUGUGGAGCGAGUAUAGCAGUCGUUAGCUGCUGAGUUAGCCCGCCUUGACCGCCCCAAUGAAAGAAUACAAAGUUGUCGUGCUGGGCAGCGGCGGCGUCGGGAAAUCCGCGCUCACCGUGCAGUUUGUCACCGGCACUUUUAUCGAGAAAUAUGACCCGACCAUCGAGGACUUCUACCGGAAGGAGAUCGAGGUGGACUCGUCGCCCUCCGUGCUGGAGAUCCUGGACACGGCGGGGACGGAGCAGUUCGCGUCCAUGAGAGACCUGUACAUCAAGAACGGACAGGGCUUCAUCCUGGUCUACAGCCUGGUCAACCAGCAGUCUUUCCAGGACAUCAGACCAAUGCGAGACCAAAUAGUGCGAGUGAAGCGCUUUGAGAAGGUGCCGCUGAUUCUGGUUGGUAACAAAGUCGACCUGGAGUCUGAGCGUGAGGUGGCCGGAUCAGAUGGACGGGCUUUGGCUCAAGAGUGGGGCUGCCCUUUUAUCGAAACCUCUGCCAAGAGCAAGACGAUGGUGGAUGAGCUGUUUGCAGAGAUUGUCCGGCAGAUGAAUUACUCCUCGCUGCCAGAGAAGCAGGAACAGUGCUGCACAGCCUGCGUGGUACAGUGAGGAAAAGACUCAUCAUUUGUCUGGAUCCACCUCAAGCUUUUCGAUGAUCCGUUAACCCGGGCACAACCUGACUUCAACCCUGCUGAUUAAAAACUUACCGCAGCUGGCAAAGUUUUUGCUUGAGGUGGUUUCUGACUUCCUGUCUCAGAGCAUCUGACAGGAAAGACGUCGGUCCUAUUUUUGAUAUCAUAACUGUUAGAAGAUGUUUCUGCUGCAACCUCAACGGCCUUCGCGAUGACCCGGGAUCAAGUUGGACUGACUGACUUUUACGAACGGCCACCUGUGAAUUCGUCUUUUCGGGUUUUUUUGUUUUGUUUUGUUUUUUAUGUGUGUGUGGUUUUUUGUUUUUUUUUUCCUGAAAUAUCCCUGAAAGCAGGAGUGUUGUGAGGUUGCAGCAUCUUUUUAAAGCUGCUUAAAUCAUUACUAUAUACUUUAAUAUUCCUUGUAUUAUGUCUCAAGUUUGGAAUUUGAAAAAAAUAUUUCAUAUUAUUGGAGCAUUUUCACUUUUAAGCAUGCUUACUUCAGCCAGUUUCCCAUCCUGGUGUACUGUGCUGAUCUUAUUUUGAAAAUCUUAUUCCGUAAAACUGACACAAAUUAAAGUAACGUGAGGUUUUUUUGUUUUGUUUUUUUAGCUCAGCAGGGUGAAUAACUGUAUUAAACCAGUGAUGCUUAUUUUUAAUUUUUCAGUAGUGUGAGGCAGUGAAACUCAUCUGAAAGCACGCACGCUCAAAAGUGAAAAUGUUUUUUACCGCUAAUUCAACUUGAAGUGAUGUGGAUGAGCCAUUUUGCUGUUUUCAGUCUCUACAAGGUGUGACUUGCGUGGACGCCGGUCUUCCAUUUUCAGCUUUCUUGAGGGCAGUUUUUUAUUUUAUGUUAUUUUAUUCUAUUGGAGGGAGGGGGGAACGACUGCAGGAAGUUCAGCGUGCAUAUUUGUGUUUGACUCCAUGACGCGUGUCACUUUAAAUAUUCAGAGACGCCGAUUCCUUAUCAUUUAGAAAAAAAUAACUUCCUCUGAAAUGUGGAUUAAUAAGAAGUUCUGACACAGUUAAUCAGAUUUUACUUUGUAUUCUUCUUUUUCUUAUAGUAACCUAUUUAUUAAGAGCUAAUGACACGGGCUAGCCAGUUUUAAACUUAUACUAGUUAUUUGCUUUCUGUGCAUUUUUGGGAUACAUGCUAUGUUGUAUCUUUGUUUUGAAGCUAAGAAUUUAACAGAGCCUUAAGAUAUCUGUUGCACCCCGUUUGGCCUCAUAUUUCUUUUGUUUGUUUGUUUUUUUUUCCCCCUGGAAGAUAACAAUUGUCAUCAUUUGGUAAUAAACAUGCUGGAAUCUG